GCGGUCAUUUUCAUCACAUGGGGGAAUGGUUGAGGACAACUUGCCCAUGUCUUCAGACAUUAUGGGACAGAAUAUACGGAACCUCAAUAAACGCUGACAGUGGCUGGGGCGAUGGUUCGAGCAGGACCGUUAACAGAGAGACGGAGUCUGCAAGUCGUUACACGGAUUCACGAAAUGCAAACCAGCCACCUCAGAAAACGGACAGUGCUGCUAUUUAUACGGCUCUGUGGGACUUUGAGGCACGCCACGUCGCGGAGAUGUCGUUUAAAGCCGGUGAUUUGUUCCAAAUUGUGAGUCGUUCUGGAGAAUGGUGGACCGCGAGAAAAAUAGACUCAAAUGCCUGUGUUCUCGCGACCGGUGUUGUUCCAUACAAUUACCUGGCGCGCGAGGAAUCGGAAGAGUCUCAACCGUGGUUCUUUGGAAAGAUGAGCCGAGUUGAGGCUUUGAGUCUCCUCAUGUCAGCAGAAAAUGAUGAGGGAUCCUUUCUCGUGCGAAUCAGUGAGUCUGACUCUGUGGGCCAUGUACUCUCAGUGAAGACAAAGAACAAAAUGAAGCACUUCAAAAUCUACCAGGCUAGUGGUCUAUUCUAUUUAAAAGAGUCUCUUAAAUUCUCCAGCAUAUUAGAGGUGGUAAAAUACUAUCAAACGCAUCCAUUGGGCUCUUUGGACAAACUGAAGCGACCCUGCAUUCAGAAAAAGCCUCUGCUGCAGGAUCUGUCACACACCACGGUUGAUGAGUGGGAACUGCCUAAAGAAGAAUUUACUCUUGAAGAAGAGCUUGGCAGUGGCCACUUUGCUGAUGUUUACCGUGGCAAGUGGAAAAAUAACAUCAACGUGGCCAUCAAAAUCCUCAAGAACAAUGAUAGUUUUAAGCAGAAAGAUUUUCAAAUGGAGGUCCAAAUUAUGAAACGAUUGCGUCACAGGCACCUAAUUGCUCUCUUUGCCAUCUGCACUUCCUCUACGCCAUAUUACAUCAUCACUGAACUCAUGGAAAAGGGCAACCUGCUCAACUUCCUCAGAAGUUCUGAGGGUGGGGCAUUGGACCUGUUGUCUCUGAUAGACAUAGCAGCUCAAGUGGCAGAUGGGAUGGCAUAUCUAGAGGCUAAUAAAAGUAUUCAUAGAGAUCUUGCUGCAAGAAAUGUUCUAGUUGGAGAGGGAUGUUUAUGCAAAGUUGCUGACUUUGGCCUAGCUCGAAUCAUUAAGGAGCCUAUUUAUAUAUCAGAUGAGAGGAAAAUGCCAUAUAAGUGGACCGCCCCAGAAGCUAUCAGUCAUGGCUAUUUCUCAGAUAAAUCUGAUGUCUGGUCAUUUGGCAUUCUGGUUCAUGAAAUUCUCACCUAUGGAGGAACACCUUAUCCAGGUUUUUCAUCAAAGGAGGUGUUUAUUGAGAUCACCGAACACAACUAUAGAAUGCCUGCCCCAUACAAAUGUCCACAAGGCAUUUAUGACAUCAUGCUAUCUUGCUGGAGUGCACAGCCAAAAGACCGUCCAACUUUUAAGGACCUGAGGCAAAACCUAGAAGUCAUCAGCCGCUACAGUGACUUGGACUGAUUCUGCAGUUUGAUUUUACACCUUGUGAACAGACCG